CGGCGCCGCAGUAGCUGGAUCCGGGUUGUGGCGUCCUACGAGUCGCGACGGUUUCUGCCCUCCGGCAGUAGGGGACGGCAGCGCUUGGCUGACCCCUGCGGCGGCCCGUAGCCUCGCUUUAAGCCUCGUUCAAAGCCCGGGUUGUUGCUGUCGCGGUGGGUUCCAGGGAGUGCAGGUGACCUCGCUGCAGGUUUCUUGUGCUGGCCGCGCUCGCCGGAGGAAGAAAAGGGCAGUUGGGUUUGCGGCCUUGGCGUUCAUGAGGCCUCCGAGAGCUCCGGAGGAGCUACAAUUCUGAGGGGGCGGCUAGAGUUCGAGUCCUCGGGUGUGUGAGAAGCAGCCUAGGACCCUGGGUUGGGGGAGUCGCAAAGAAGGCCGCAAGGGCUCCGCUUCCUCUCCGUAGGCCCGCCUUCUGCGCGUCGAUUAACACCGCAUUCUUUCCCACUUCCUCUCAAUGUUUUCUUCAUAUAUCUGGAAAUAUGAUCAGCGCCCCUGACGUAGUGGCCUUCACCAAAGAGGAAGAAUAUGAGGAAGAGCCUUACAAUGAGCCGACCCUGCCUGAGGAGUACUCUGUGCCGCUCUUCCCGUUCGCCAGCCAGGGUGCUAACCCCUGGUCAAAACUGUCCGGGGCCAAGUUCUCGAGGGACUUCAUUCUUAUUUCCGAGUUCUCUGAGCAGGUGGGACCCCAACCCUUGCUGACCAUCCCCAAUGACACCAAAGUUUUUGGCACCUUUGAUCUCAAUUACUUCUCUCUGCGUAUCAUGUCUGUGGAUUACCAGGCUUCCUUCGUGGGCCAUCCUCCUGGAUCUGCCUACCCCAAGCUGAACUUCGUGGAGGACUCCAAGGUGGUGCUGGGAGACUCCAAGGAGGGAGCCUUUGCAUAUGUGCACCACCUUACCCUAUAUGACUUGGAGGCCCGUGGCUUCGUGAGGCCCUUUUGCAUGGCUUAUAUCUCUGCAGACCAGCAUAAAAUCAUGCAGCAGUUCCAAGAGCUUUCCGCCGAAUUUUCCAGAGCUUCUGAGUGCUUGAAGACUGGGAACAGGAAGGCAUUUGCUGGGGAACUUGAAAAAAAGCUGAAAGACUUGGAUUACACCAGGACAGUGCUGCACACAGAGACAGAGAUCCAGAAGAAAGCCAAUGACAAAGGCUUUUACUCAUCUCAGGCAAUUGAGAAAGCCAAUGAACUGGCUAGUGUGGAGAAGUCCAUCAUUGAACAUCAGGACCUGCUGAAGCAGAUCCGCUCAUACCCUCAUCGGAAGUUGAAGGGGUCUGAUUUGUGUCCUGGUGAGAUGGAGCACACCCAGGAUCAGGCCAGCCAGGCGUCCACUACCUCUAACCCUGAUGAGUCUGCUGAUACUGACCUUUACACCUGCAGACCAGCCUACACCCCAAAACUUAUCAAAGCAAAGUCCACCAAGUGUUUUGACAAGAAGUUGAAGACCUUAGAGGAGCUCUGUGACACUGAAUAUUUCACCCAGACCUUGGCUCAGCUCAGCCACAUUGAGCACAUGUUCAGAGGUGACCUGUGUUACCUCCUUACCAGUCAGAUUGAUAGAGCACUUCUAAAACAACAGCACAUAACAAACUUUCUCUUUGAAGACUUUGUGGAGGUUGAUGACAGGAUGGUGGAGAAACAAGAGAGCCUACCCUCUAGGCCCAGUCAAGACAGGCCGCCUUCCAGGUCUCUAGAAGAAUGCCCAGUUCCUAAAGUGUUAAUUAGUGUUGGUUCUUACAAGUCCAGUGUGGAGUCUGUGGUGAUCAAGAUGGAGCAGGAACUUGGAGAUGAGGAAUACAAGGAAGUGGAGGUCACAGAGUUGAGCAGUUUUGACCCCCAGGAAAACUUGGACUACCUGGAUAUGGAUAUGAAAGGGAGUAUCAGCAGUGGUGAAAGCAUUGAAGUCCUGGGCACGGAGAAAUCCACCUCUGUGCUUUCAAAGUCUGACAGCCAGGCCAGCCUCACAGUACCAUUGAGCCCCCAGGUGGUUCGGAGUAAAGCAGUCAGCCACAGGACCAUCAGCGAGGACAGUAUUGAAGUCCUCAGUACCUGCCCCUCUGAGGCGCUCAUCCCUGAUGACUUUAAGGCCAGUUACCCAAGUGCCAUUAAUGAAGAAGAAUCAUAUGCAGAAGACAAUGAGGGAGCCAUCCACUUCGAGGCAAGCAUGAGCCCUCCGGAGCUGGGUGAGACAGAGGAGGGCAGUGUGGAAAACGCUCCAUCACAAAUAGACUCCUCCUGCUGUAUUGGGAAGGAGAAUGACGGUCAGCUGGUGCUGCCCUCCACUCCAGCCCAUACACACUCUGACGAGGAUGGAGUCGUGAGCAUCCCCCCACAGCGCCAUAGGCAGAAGGACCAGGGGUUUCGUGUUGACUUUUCAGUGGAAAAUGCCAACCUUUCUUCCCAAGACAAUAGUUAUGAAGGUUUUCCUGCUUAUGAGCUGGACCCGAGCCAUCUGCUGGCUAGCCGGGACAUCAGUAAGACCAGCCUGGACAACUACUCAGACACCACCAGCUACGUGAGCAGUGUCGCCUCCACCAGCUCGGACAGGAUCCCCUCUGUUCAUCCUGCCGGCCUGUCUUCCGAUAGGCAUAAAAAGAGGGCUGGCCAGAAUGCCUUAAAAUUCAUCCGCCAGUACCCCUUUGCCCACCCAGCCAUCUACUCCCUGCUCAGCGGGAGGACACUCGUGGUCUUGGGGGAAGAUGAGGCCAUAGUCAGGAAGCUGGUGACUGCACUGGCCAUCUUUGUCCCCAGCUAUGGCUGCUACGCUAAGCCGGUGAAACACUGGGCCUCCUCCCCUUUGCACAUUAUGGAUUUUCAGAAGUGGAAGCUUAUUGGUUUGCAGAGAGUGGCCUCACCUGCUGGUGCCGGUACCCUCCAUGCCCUGAGCCGCUACAGCCGCUACACGAGCAUCCUGGACCUUGACAACAAAACCCUGCGCUGCCCCCUCUACAGAGGCACCUUGGUGCCCCGCCUGGCAGACCACCGCACACAGAUCAAACGAGGCAGCACCUACUACCUGCAUGUCCAGAGCAUGCUCACCCAGCUCUGCUCCAAGGCUUUCCUCUACACCUUCUGCCACCACCUGCACUUGCCUACCCAUGACAAGGAAACAGAGGAGCUGGUAGCCAGCCGCCAGGCGAGCUUCCUAAAGCUGACCCUGGGUCUGGUGAAUGAGGAUGUCAGGGUGGUCCAGUACCUGGCUGAGCUGCUGAAGCUGCACUACAUGCAGGAAUCUCCAGGGACCAGCCACCCCAUGCUCAGGUUUGACUAUGUCCCCAGCUUUUUGUAUAAAAUCUGAGGUCGGUCCCAG